CUGUGGAAAGAGAAGAACCCGAGGUAGCGCAGAAUUCCUCUAUCAAUGCCUUAGUGAGGACACUGCGUAGAAGGAUGGACAGAGCAAGUACGAGGCAUAGAAAACGAAUGCAAGAAGUGAAGCGUGAGCUCGGCGCCAUAUCCCAGACGCUCGGAAUUAGGCUUCUCGAAGAAAUAUCGGCGGUCUACGCAGGAGCGCAUGAUAUCCUCUACCCGUUGUGAGCAUUCACCUGACCCCUACGCUACAUUGCCAUGUCCUCAUGGAUCUAGGCACGAUAACUUGGAUAGACGCUACUUCGAGUAUGACACCUCCUAAACCACUUACCGAGUUUGUUGGUAGCCUUGACCCACAGACGGAUGUCUCCGGACACGACGGUAUUCAGAGUAUGGUGCGAGAGAUUAAGAGUCUCCAAGCAGUACUUGAUGUUACGACGGAUAUCGGUGAAAGAUGCGCCCUUGAAGAAGAUAUCACGGGAAAAAUCUUAUGGACCUGUCAUUGCGGACUUCGCUUUUCAGUAGGACAUAUACCGGCCAAGGUGCUAUACAGUAUUCUGAAAGAGGACAAGGUGUACGACGUGAUGAAUCGCAUCUCUUUCUUGGAGGAGAUCUCCAAAGUAUUUAAAGACGCGCUAGCUGCACUACCAAGUGAUGAUCACACUCAUUUGCGACGUAUCAUGGCCGACGCAGAGGCAGGUACGUCAAAACAUCAGCAGCUCUUCGACGCACGGACACAGGAACUGAGGAUACCGGGAGCCAUCCGCGAGGGAUAAACCUCAAAUUCAGCUUGGUACCUAGAACAAGGGUUAGUACUUUUCGCUGUAUAACCCUCACAUAUUGGCCUUCCUGUACACCGAGGACGAGGGUAACCCACAGCAGUACAUGGUAUGACCGGGCACGUCCGCAUUUUGUAUGUACAGUAUAAAUGGGCAUGGCGGUAGUACAGUAAAUUCAUAGUAAGCCAUCCGCGACACGUGUACACUA